AUGAGUUCCUCCUCCUCUACCGUCAACUACCUGUUCGCCGGUCCCGAUGUCACCCUCGUCCGCGACCUCAACAUCCACAAGCGCGUCCCGGUGAAACUUGAUCAAUCCACCGCCUCCUACUCUGCUUGGAAGCGGUAUUUUUCGCUGGUGUUCCGCGAGUACCUCCUUCAUGGCCACGUCGACGGCACUGUGGACUCGGCCCUCAUGAUCCAUGACGAGGAGUGGAUGAUCCUCGACACCACCAUCAUCCGCUGGUUCUACCUCACCAUCUCCACCGACCUCUUCCACACUUUGGUGGAUGACAACGACGACGCCUACGCCGUCUGGACCAAGCUCAAUGACCUCUUCACCGACAACAAGCUGCAGCGCAAGGUCCUUCUUUACGGCGAGUUUUACGGGUGCCAGCAGCUUGACUCGUCCAUCGACGAUUUUUGCAUGCGCCUGAAAAAGCUUGCCGAUGAGCUCCGCGAUCUCGGGGAGACGGUUGGUGCUACCUCUUGA